AUGGAUCACAUACCGUCGCUACCCAGAUCCCACAAGGGGAACACUGAAUUAUUGAUCUGGGUCGAUCUGUUCACAGGAUAUGUGAUCGCGAAGGCCAGCUCGUCCCGAUCGGCCCAGACGGUUGCGGAAUCGUACGAAGAGUGUGUAUUUCGCCGAUUUGGUGCCAGUGAGAUGAUCCCACAUGAUCGAAACCCGGCUUCAUAUUUUGAGACAGCGGCAGCGGGCGACGAUGGCAUAUCGUCCACAGGCGAACGGGACUGCUGA